UACUUCAGUGCCUCGGAGGUGUACGUGCCCGACGAGUGGGAGGUGUCACGGGAGAAGAUCACGGUGAUCCGGGAGCUGGGACAGGGCUCCUUCGGGAUGGUGUACGAGGGGCUGGCGCUGGGGCUGGUGGCUGAGGGCGAGGAGACCAAGGUGGCCCUGAAGACGGUCAACGAGUUGGCCACCAUGCGGGAGCGCAUCGAGUUCCUCAACGAGGCCUCUGUCAUGAAAGCCUUCAAGUGCCACCACGUG